AUGAGUCGAAUUCAGGAGGGAUAUAAUGAUGAUGAUGAUGAUGAUGAUGAUGAUGAUGAUGAUGAUGAUGAUGAUGAUGAUGAUGAUGAUGAUGAUGAUGAUGAUGAUGAUGAUGAUGAUGAUGAUGAUGAUGCAAAAUGGAGGUAAAUCCUUGAGCACUAGAAAAACCGUGAGUCGAAGAUGGGAAGUUGCCCGCUUCACCCUGACCACCAACGAAGUGAAGAUGGGACAGUUCCAUUUAACAGUAGGAAGCUCCUUGCCGGUUACGUGUAGUGUUGUGGCCUAUUGCUGUGCAGGCCCAGUAACAUAAUUUUCAAGAUGUAGCGUCAAAUAUCUAGCCGUUUGCUGCAGUCGACGUGUACUCAUGAAAGGUUUCCUGACGUCAUGUACAGCAGUCUCUAAGCCUUGAUGCCAGUCACUUGCUGCUCUUCAUCGAUCUGCCAGUCAGAAAAUAAUUGUAUGAUUAACGAAUUUUUAUAACUGACUCCGUUAUAAGGGACGCUGGUUGCAUUCCUAAUCGAAAGCCUCUGGCGUUUAACCGGGUUGGUGAUACAGCAGGAAUGACCACUCUUGCGAUGCUUUUGAAAUCAAUACCUAACGCUUAAAGACUAGAGGACUGGAGUUCGAAUCCCAGGCCGUCCUAUCCUGGAGUUGCGUAUGGUUUAAUUAUGACAGCUAAUAAGCCAGGAAUGGUCAUCCAUGUCUCUCUUGGCCUACUAGGUGUCCCUGCCUCCAAGUAAUUACUGGUCGCCACGCGACUGCCUGCAGAGGCCAUAGAUCGGGCCCAAUCGCAGUUUAGAGCUCCGAACUUUAAUCCGUGGUCAUCCAAUCCUGAGGUUGAUCAGGACUGACGAAAGAGGGCUCAGAAACUACGAAUGAAAAUCCCAGUCUUCCUUCCACUAUAGAAGUAGCAGCACGGACAAAGACAAGAGAGGCAGAGAUGGAUAUUUGUAGCUUAUUAGCCGUCGUCGGUCGGCCACACCCUGCUCCAGGAUUGGGUCACCUGGGAUUCAAACCCGGGCCCAUUGCUUAUUGGGAGUUAGGUCCAGCACACUACCAUUGAGCCACUGACCCGUGGUCCUGUCAGACUCUGAUCCAUAGUAGAAAUGGAGUUCAUCAAGAGGCGCUCUCCUUUCCUGGUGACUUGGGGCUCAUUUUAGAGCCCCGCAGGUGGUCAAAUAGCGACCGGAACUAAUGGAGUACAGGAAAGGCUGUAAUGACUACUUCCAACUUUUGUGCCGUCGUCAGCCAGUUAAAAUCAAUCCUAAAAUUCGAUCGCCUAGAAUUCGAGCUCCUACUCUUGAUCCUGGGGAGUUAGUUCAAACGCCCUGCCUCUGGGCCACGGACCCAAUGUCCCCUCAGGCGGGCAAAACUAGGGAUGCGUAG